GCGGCCAUUUCUCAAGAAUUGAAUGCUUCACUGGUGGUGAUCUUCCCCAAGCUCAGCCUACCGGUUGCUGCCGGCGAGUGCUAUCCUCGCCUCACUCAGCACGAAUCAUUCGCAAGCUUGUACAUGAAGCUGUUUGCCAAGAGCGCAGGAAGCAGUGAUAGAACACUCUACGACACCCAGCUCUACCCGUACCCGCUCCAGCAGUCUGUCUACAUCAACGACUUCCCCUGUCCUUCUCACAUUCUCAUCACUAUGAGAGAUCACUUUCGCCAGGAGUUCACCUUCAACCAGCGGAUUCUGAAUGAAGCUAAGGCCCAGGUUGCUGCCGCUCUUAAAGCAGUGAACAACCUGGCCCUGACCAACGCCACCAUAGUGACCGUCCACGUGCGCAGGACCGACUACCUCGCUCACGUCCAAAACUAUUAUGGCCAAAGUCCUGUCAAAGAUAUAUACUAUCAACGGGCAUUUAAUUUCUUCAGGAACAGAACAAACAAUCCGGUGUUUGUGGUGACUAGUGACGACCCAGAGUGGUGCAAGAAGAACUUUAGAGACAAGGAUAUUGUUUAUGGUGCUGUUUCACCUGUAAAAAGACCGAAAAUUAUUCAGAGACCAUUUGAAGACCAAAAAUAUGAAAAAGACCAUUUGAAGACCGAAACUGAACAGAGUCCACUUUGA